UUCUACGAUUUUGUUUCUUUGCAUUUUCCGAACUUGCUUCGACGUAGGUGAGGUGAUCGGUAUCUUUCGAUGUGAUGAAAUCAAACUCUCAUUAUUUGCUUAUCCCCAUGCAGUUUCGUCCGCUAGUAAAUCUUGCUGCUCUUUAAUUUGAUACAUUGUGGAUACAAUUUAGUUAAGCCAGUUCGGCUAUGAUUUCUCCUUUGAAAUUUACUUAGAUAAUUAAAAUAUAUUGACAGGAGAUAUCUUGAAAAUAAUAAGCAAUGUCUGCUAAAGCUGUGAGUGAAGCUACUGGUAAAGGCUUAUUGAACAAAUUUUUAUCUACAAGUUGUGCGGUAAAAAGUCAAUAUGCUGUGAUAAAUGAAAAUUCUGAAUGGCAACAAGUUGUAGAUGAAAAUCCAUGGCUUUUGAAAGAAAAAUUGGUUGUGAAACCAGACCAGUUAAUUAAACGAAGAGGAAAGUUGGGACUCAUUAAAGUAAACACUGAUCUUUCUGGUGUAAGAGCAUGGAUUGAAGAGCGUAUGAACAAAAUUGCUAAGGUUGAUAGGUCAAGUGGGAGGUUACAUAAUUUUAUUAUAGAACCAUUUCUUCCUCAUCAACAGUCAGAAGAAGCCUACAUAUGUAUCUACAGUCAUCGAUAUGCAGACACAAUAUUAUUUCAUCAUGAAGGAGGAGUAGACAUUGGUGAUGUUGAUGCAAAGGCUCUUAAGUUGGAUGUUCCUAUUGAUGCGAAACCAGUUUUUGAAGAUAUAAAAAAAAUACUCCUCAAAAAUUUACCGGCUGAUAAACAAGAUUAUGUUGCCGCCUUCAUCUCUACUCUGUAUGAUGUGUAUGUGGAUUUAUAUUUCACUUACUUGGAAAUUAAUCCUUUAGUAUUGAAGGAGGGAAAAGCAUACAUACUUGAUUUGGCUGCUAAACUAGAUGCUACUGCAGAUUUCAUUUGUAAAUCAAAGUGGGGAGAAUUUGAAUUUCCACCUGCAUUUGGCAGAGAUGCUUAUCCUGAGGAAGCAUAUAUUGCGGACCUGGAUGCAAAAAGUGGAGCUUCUCUUAAACUUACUAUUCUUAAUAAAUCUGGCAGGAUAUGGACCAUGGUAGCUGGUGGGGGAGCUUCUGUUAUUUAUAGUGAUACAAUCUGUGAACUGGGAGGUGCUUCUGAGCUGGCAAACUAUGGGGAGUAUUCUGGUGCUCCCACUGAAAUGCAAACUUACGAGUAUGCAAAGACGAUUUUAGGCCUCAUGACUCAAGAAAGGCACCCAGAUGGAAAGCUUUUACUUAUCGGGGGAGGUAUUGCAAAUUUUACAAAUGUUGCUGCAACAUUUAAGGGUAUUGUAAAAGCUCUUCUAGAAUUUCAAACUAAGCUAAUUGAUCACAAUGUGUCCAUUUAUGUAAGGCGAGCUGGCCCGAAUUACCAAGAAGGAUUGAGGGUGAUGCGGGAAGUCGGUGGAACACUAGGCGUACCUAUCCACGUGUUUGGACCAGAAACGCACAUGACUGCUAUUGUAGCUAUGGCUAUGGGAAAAAAGUCUCUACCAUCAUUGCCUGAACCAGCUCUGACCACUGCCAAUUUUCUGUUACCUGGGGGCAUGCAGCAUUCUGCCCCACCAUCAAAAUUGCCCAGGACGGAUUCUGGUAAUGGUCUUUCUUCGACUUCAAUGGACUAUUCUAGGCAGUCAUCAAUAUCCUCUACCAAUGGUAGCAUCACUUCAUCAAAAACAUUGUUUUCUCAGGGUACAAGAGCCAUUGUGUGGGGUAUGCAGACUCGAGCCGUUCAAGGAAUGCUUGACUUUGAUUAUGUGUGUUCCAGAAAGGAAUGUUCAGUGGCAGCCAUGGUCUAUCCGUUUACCGGCGAUCACAAGCAAAAGUUUUAUUGGGGGCAUAAAGAAAUACUCAUACCUGUGUAUAAAAAUAUGUCUGAUGCAAUGAAAAGGCAUAAAGAUGCCACAGUCAUGAUAAGUUUUGCAUCACUUCGAUCUGCAUACGAGAGCACAUUGGAGACCAUGCAAUAUCCGCAAAUUAAAGUCAUUGCCAUUAUUGCUGAAGGUAUACCUGAAAACAUGACUCGAAAACUGAUUAAAUUGGCCGAUAGUAAAGGCAUCACUAUUAUUGGACCUGCAACUGUUGGUGGUAUCAAACCAGGAUGUUUUAAAAUAGGAAACACGGGUGGAAUGAUGGAUAAUAUAUUGGCUUCAAAACUUCAUAGGCCUGGGUGUGUGGCUUACGUCUCACGCUCUGGUGGAAUGUCUAAUGAAUUAAACAACAUCGUAUCUAGAGCUACAAAUGGUGUUUAUGAAGGCGUCGCAAUAGGUGGAGACAGGUAUCCUGGUACUACAUUUAUGGAUCACUUGCUGAGAUAUCAACAAGAACCUGAUGUUAAGAUGUUGGUAUUACUUGGGGAAGUGGGAGGUGUAGAAGAAUAUGAGGUUUGUGAAGCUUUAAAAACGUGCAAAAUUACAAAACCAUUAGUAGCGUGGUGUAUUGGAACUUGUGCUAAAAUGUUCACGUCUGAAGUGCAAUUCGGGCAUGCUGGAGCGUGCGCUAAUAGUGAUAGAGAAACAGCUGUUGCCAAGAACAAGGCAUUAUCUGAAGCUGGAGCAUAUGUACCAGAUACGUUUGACAACUUAGGAAAAACUAUUCAAGGUGUUUACGAAGAUCUUGUUGCACAAGGGGAUGUUAUUCCUCAGGAUGAGAUGCCCCCUCCAGCUGUUCCCAUGGAUUAUAGUUGGGCUAGGGAAUUGGGCUUGAUUCGAAAGCCUGCCUCCUUCAUGACAAGCAUAUGUGAUGAACGUGGUCACGAACUGCUGUAUGCUGGAACUCCAAUCACCACAGUGAUUAAAGAGGAUCUGGGUAUAGGAGGUGUGCUGGGAUUGUUGUGGUUUCAGAGAAGACUUCCGGCCUAUGCGGGGAAGUUCCUUGAGAUGGUUCUAAUGGUGACAGCAGAUCAUGGACCAGCAGUCUCUGGAGCCCACAACACAAUUGUGUGUGCAAGAGCUGGAAAAGAUUUGGUCUCUUCUCUUGUAUCUGGACUACUCACAAUCGGAGAUAGAUUUGGUGGAGCUCUAGAUGCUGCAGCAAAAUUAUUCACUGAAGCCUAUGAUAGUGGAAUGAUACCAAUGGAAUUUGUCAAUUCAAUGAGGAAAAAAGGCCAGCUGAUUAUGGGUAUUGGCCAUAGAGUAAAAUCUAUUAACAACCCUGAUAUGAGAGUGCAGAUCUUAAAAGAUUAUGUGAAAGAAAACUUCCCGGCUACACCAGUCUUAGACUACGCUCUAGCUGUCGAAAAGAUAACAACUUCAAAAAAACCAAACUUAAUUUUGAAUGUUGAUGGUCUGAUUGGGGCAGCAGUAGUCGAUCUUCUACGAUGCAGUGGCUGUUUUACUCAAGAGGAAGCUACAGAAUAUAUUGAAAUUGGAGCACUCAACGGCCUUUUUGUACUGGGUCGCACAGUUGGAUUCAUUGGCCAUUAUUUGGAUCAGAAACGCUUGAAGCAAGGUCUCUAUCGUCACCCUUGGGAUGAUAUUUCUUAUAUAUUACCAGAAGCUAUGAUGGAAGAAGAAAAUUCAUAGACAUUUAUGUAAAUUUACACUUGUUUUAUCUCAUGGUGCUUAUCCAUGGGAUCGACAGUAUUCACUUUGUAGACUUAAUAAGUGUGUAAAGCUGCAAAUAUGGACUAAGCAAUAAGUAAAAAUUGAGAGUAUUUAAAAUUAUAGAAUAAUAAUGCUAUUGUUAAAAAAAAAAACAAUUGAAUGUAUUUUUUUGCACCAUUUGCCUUAUGUAAAUAUUUUCAUUAUAAAAAUUGCUGGAAACUAAAAACUAAUGCAACAACAAAACAUAUCUAUUUGUUUUGUGCUGACUUGAAAAAAUGAAAUUUUUUUUUUCUUUGUGACAAUUUUUUUUUGUUUUUAUAUUUGUUGUAUCUUAAUUUUUUUUUAUUUUAUGGUUGUUAGGAAACAUUUUUGAGAUCUGUACAUUCCAGUUUAUUUAAUAUAAACUUUCAUUCUUUUUUUAUGGCAUUUAAAAUAUUUUCUUAGGCUUUGGGCAUUGUAUUAAUUUAUUAUAUGUACCUUUUUUUAAAAAAUCUUGUAGAUCAAAUUAUUGUGUGAAGCCCAAACGAAAUGAUACAUAUCAGUAGAUGAAAAAAUAGUUUUUAUUUCUGCUGCUGAAUAAAGGGCUUUUUAAGCCAUAGCUUCAACAAAAA